UAUGUGUGUCCAAAACCGACUGAGUUCAUUGUUCUCAGUUUUGUUCUUGGUUGUUCUCUCACCCUUUCUCUCCUAUCGCUCUCUCUUUCUCCACAACCAGCACCGAGUCACAGACUCACCGAUCUUCCGAUUCCUUUUCGUCUUGGUUUAUGAGCUCGAAGGAGAGACCCACUCUCGGUGGCACGCGGAUUAAGACCCGCAAACGGAAUAUUACCGCGCCUCUGGACCCUGCAGCAUUCUCGGAUGCAGUGGUCCAGAUUUAUUUGGAUAAUGCUGGUGAUCUGGAACUUACUGCUAAGAGCAUUGAAUCUUCAGACCUUGAUUUCUCAAGAUACGGUGACACAUUUUUUGAGGUUGUUUUCAUUGGGUGUCGUACACAACCUGGAACUACCAAGCCUGAUGAGGGGGAACGCCAUCCUUACUCUGUAAUAGAGUGUGAGCCGAAGCGUGAAGUCAUCUUACCAUCUGUAAUCUACAUACAAAAGAUUUUGCGGAGGAGGCCAUUCCUCAUCAAGAACCUUGAAAAUGUUAUGCGAAGAUUCCUCCAGUCCUUGGAACUUUUUGAGGAAAAUGAGAGGAAGAAGUUGGCAAUCUUCACUGCACUUGCAUUCUCCCAGAAGCUAUCUGGUCUCCCACCGGAGACAGUGUUCCAACCGCUUCUUAAAGACAACCUUGUGGGCAAAGGAAUAGUUCUGACAUUUAUUACUGACUUCUUUAAGGAGUAUCUGAUCGACAACAGCCUUGAUGAUCUUAUUUCAAUUCUGAAACGGGGAAAAGUAGAGGAUAAUCUCUUGGAGUUUUUCCCUCCUGCAAAAAAAUCAAAUGAGUCUUUCUCUGAGCAUUUCAGGAACGAAGGACUGGUGACCUUGGUGGAGUACAAUGAAAAGAAAAUAUUUGAGGUGACUCUGAAGGAAAUGAAGUCUGCUUUGACAACACAGAUAACAGAGGAGGCUGAUAUAUCUGAUGUCAUUGAGACUGUAAAGCUCCGAGUUAAAGAUGCUAAAUUGCCUGACACCGAGGUUGUGCGGGUCUUGUGGGAUGUUUUAAUGGAUGCUGUUCAGUGGUCAGGAAAAAAUCAGCAACAGAAUGCAAAUUCAGCCUUGCGCCAGGUAAAAACUUGGGCAGAACUGUUGAAUACAUUCUGCACCACUGGGAAGCUUGAGCUGGAACUGUUGUACAAAGUACAGACUCAAUGCUAUGAGGAUGCCAAACUGAUGAAGCUGUUCCCUGAGAUUGUUAGAUCUCUUUAUGACCAGGAUGUGCUGGCUGAAGAUACUAUUCUGCAUUGGUUCCGAAAAGGAACAAACUCCAAGGGCAGGCAGAACUUUUUGAAGGCACUGGAACCGUUUGUUAAUUGGCUGGAGGAGGCUGAAGAGGAGGAAUAAGUGCUGCUAAAAGAUAUAAUGCUGUCUUUUAGCUUCUGUACCAUUUGCUAUUUUCUUUGAGAUAUUAUUACUUUGUAUUCUCAUAAGUUUGAUUUAGCAUGUACUGAUAAGCUCUUUGUAUUUGUCUCUGUUCUAUCGAUCAUCGACAUGCCCCAUUGUGCUUGUGGUGUUUUCCACAGGCCAGUGAUAACGUUAGACGGGUGCAUUACUGUGUUUUGAGUGUUCACUUGAAUAAUUGGUUUUUGCUUUUUCUA